AAGCAAAGUUUUUAAUGUACUAAAAUAUAAUUUUCAACAUAUGAUGUUGAACCUAUUUGUAUCUUCUUAAAAACUUCAGGUACUAAAAUGUAACUUUGGCCAAGUCCAGCUGCUUCGCCGGUGCCGAAUGCCGGUCUACACCCCGCCGUCGCUGAUAUCCUCGAGCCGGUCUACACCCUGCCGGUGCUCUGCUCGCUGUUCCCCCUCAACUGGGUCGGGAAUCGCCACGGCUUCUCCGAGCCCCUUCUCGGCAUUCAGGCGAUGGGUGCGUGCCGCGAACUUGAGCGGCGCUGCCGGCGACGAGGAGAAGAGGGCUCUGUUUUUGGGCGGGGAGAACAACACAACAGAGGAUAAAGCAGAGAACUGGACUAUCUAAAAAAAUCCAUCUCCGAUUAAUUGUUACAGAGAAACGGAGGAAACGAUAGCAAAAGAAGCUGAUAUUCCUUACCCACCGAUCGAAACCUUUCAUAUAUCAACCUUGAUAUUCCUUACCCACCGAUCGAUCUCUGUUAAUAAUUAAUCGACAUGUCUCUCAACUGCAGCUCACCAAUGGAUUGGACCCUCGAUCCCAAUUUGCAGUACGACUUCCCAAAGAUGCCUCCAUGGAAAUCAUCAUGUCACCUAAUUCCCAGAUGCAACAAAUCAACAUGUUCAUAAAUCUUACACAAGCUAGAUUUUUAAGACAAGGCUCAAGGAAAAGCAAUGUAGAGGUUUCUUUCAAAACUACUCCUGUCAAUCAAUGGUAUGUCAACUAAGAUUAAAACAUGAUCGAGUUCCAGAAUGCUUCUCAAUGGAAGCAAAUCGACACAUCCAGAAAGGGCACCAUGGAAAGCAAGUCUAUGACGUCUAGGCAGAGAAUUAGAACCUGCUACUGUGACCAUAACAGAUCAAAUCAUACCAAUGGAUGCCUCAUACGAUCAUAAUACCAAUGAUGAAUAUUCAGAAACCAAAUGCCCAGCACUUUUCGCAUCUAGCAACCUAAAAUGGCUGCUCCCAUUACCAAGAUCAAUGUAGUUGUGGACAGGUUACAAACAAAAUCCAAUCACAACCCUAUAGUCAAAACACCAUAAAGUCCAACUAGAAAGUCAAACAAAAACAAAUCCAGAAUUCCACCAUUUCAGCUGCAUUCGGAUCCUCAAACUUGAUCUAGAGGUCAAGACAAUGCAACAAGACAACCAAUCUGGCAAGAAGAAGAGGAAGAAGAAAAACAGAGUGCCAAAAUUUCCGUAUCUGAAUUCUGGCAAUUGGUAAAGUUACUUCAACUUCCUAUCACCGAAUCUCAAGCAAGCAAGAAAGGAAAACACAGAAGCAGAAAAAUCGAGCAUCCAAAAUCUAAAUCCCAAAUCGACGAAUUCGUUCAUAGUUCACACUCGCAGAGAGAACUGGGAAGGGUUUGGGGGACGAUGGAAUUCGUUCACAGUUCAAUUAGCAAAACCCAAUUAGUCAAUUACCUGGAUUAACUACUCUCUUUCAGAAACUCGAAACUUGGUAGCACUGGGCGGCGGCGACGUCGGAGCUAGUGGCAGUGGCCGGGGUGGCGACGAAAUCGGAGUGGGUUUCUGUAUCUUUGGUGGCGCCGAUGCGAUUCAGUGGUCGGACUCGGAGGGGAUGCCGAGAUCGGAGGUGGUCGGGGCGGCGACGUUCGAACUAGUGGCAGUGGCCGGGGCGGCGACGUCGUGGCCGUCUCUGUUUGCUCAGCCGGCUCGUCGUCGACGAAGGAUGGGUAGAGAGGAAGAGAGAAUGUCGAGUCUCUCGACUGAGUCAGAAACGAAGAUAUUGUUUUAUUUUUCUUUUUAGUUUCAAUUUUUUUUUUUAAUUAUUUGGGUUUGGAUUUUUUAACCCAAGUUCUUGGAUAAAACCCAAGUAAACCCAACAUAAUGGGUAUGGGUAUUGACCCAUCUGGCUUUAUCCAUUUACACUUUAAUUGGAUUUCAGACCCAACCCAAAUGGGUUGGAUAGUUAUAAACCCAUGGGUAUGGGUAUAAUUGCCAAGCCUAGUGGGGACUUGUUCACUUAGAAGCAGUACUUCACAAAGACUUGACCUUUCCUUCCUAAUCUUGGCAAGACCUUUCCUUCCCAAACUAGAAGAAGCUUCACAAGCUACACAGGCCAAAGAAAUGGAGAAACCUCUCCUGAACAUAUAAUUUUUCAGAGGGUUUCUGUUUGGUUAAUCCCUACUUGAUUUCUGGUCGAAUAAUAGCACUUUAGCAAGCAGGAUUCACCAAAUCAGAACUUCUUCAAUCCUUUGAUGCAUCUAUCAAUUCUAUAUACCCUUCAUACAACAAGUUGGUAAAAAAAUUGCGAAAUCUAC